AUGGGAAUCACAAAUGCUUCAAGUACAACAACUCUUUCAACAAAUGCAAUAGAAGAACUACCUAUAAAUGAACCUCUGGGGUCCGUAGCAUGUCCCAUUUGUUCCCAAGAGUUCAUUAAUCUCCAAAAAUUGAAUAAACAUUUAGACAGAGACCAUGGAUUUGAUAAUACUCGUAAUAAGAGUAGCUCCUCUUUACGUUCAAACUCUCAAAAACUCCCAACUAGCGUUGGUGGCUCGCCCAAAAAACAGGGGAAACAACAACGUAUACGAACAACUCAUUGGGAACAACUUGGCAAGUUCCCAAGUACAUGUGGUGAGUGUAAUUGUAACCUUAAUGAUUCAGUAGGUGCUACUAACUGUAGGAAAUGUGGUAAAUUGUAUUGUGGAAGACAUUGUAGGCAUAAAAUAAAAUUAAAUCUAAAUGCGAAGUAUGAUGCAGAAAGUGGUAAAUGGUACAUAUGUUGUAAGUCUUGUUAUAAUAAGAGACCAGGAUAUAAUGAUUAUGGUAGCUAUAAAGAUUUAACUGAUGAUUUUGUUAGAUAUAGGAAUUCAAACAGUGAAGAUAAAGCCUUACGACUUCUCCAAUUGGAAGUUCGACUGGUAAAACUUGUUGAUGGAGUAUUUAGACUUUAUAAGCGAUAUAACAGUAAUGUUAUAAUGCGACUUAAGUUUUCCAAUGAAGUAUCCAAACUGGAGAGAAUUAUAUGCCCAUGGAAGGACGAUCAAAAUGUUGUAGAUUGUGAAAUAUGUAUCCAACCAUUUACAUUAACCGUACGGAAACAUCAUUGUAGACUUUGUGGAUCUGUUGUUUGCGAUGAUCCACACACAAUGUGUUCAAAGAAAAUACCUAUCCAACUACUAGUUAAUGCGUCUAAGGAGCUACCUUUUAAAGAAGCUGAGAAAUUUAAAAAUAUUAAAGAUAUUCAAUAUUCCGCUUUACUAUGUACUAAAUGUACAAACACCUUAUAUUUAAAAAGAAUGUUCAAACAGAGUAUGAAAGAGAAACAAUCAAAUAUAAUACAAUUAUAUGAAAAUAUGAAUGAUACAUCAAAAGUAAUAUUGAAAGUAUUAUCAACUUUUGAAGUUUUACUUUUACAAGUAGAAAAUUCUAAAAAAUCUCAAGAUAGCCCUUCAGAAGUGUUAUUGAAAGAUUUAGUUACAACCAGGGGAAAAGUAAUGAGAAACUUCUCAGCAUUUAAUCUUGUUGUAAAACAGAUAAAUCAAUAUAAACCUAAAAAUGCUACUGAAACGAAAAUUCAGAAAUCUCUUCAAAUAACAGCAUCUGAAUUUGUUAAUAAAAAUAUAAUUCCUUUGAAAUCUUUAAACUUCAAUAUUGAAUCUGGUACAUCAAUUUGUGGAUCAUCAUUGCCAAAUAUCAUUGAUACUGGACCUCAGGUGAAAAAGUUAUCCGAUUUACUGUUCAAUAAUCUUACUAUUAAAGAAGUAAAGGAGUAUCGAGAAGAAUUGAUGGUAUUAAAAGAACAGAGUUUUUUAGUACAAUCCAUGGUUGAAACAGCAAAAACUCAACGAAAAUUUGAGGAAUUAAAAUCUUUAGAUGAAAAUCUAAAGGAUUUGAACGUAAGAAUAGAAGAAUUAGAAAACAAAUUAGGAGAGGAGGGAUUUUCGUAA